AUGGGAAUUUGUAGUUCUAAAAAAUCAGAUAAGGAAGCAGGAAUAUAAUUAUAAAUAGAGAAAACUGUUGCAGAGCAGAAAUAACUUAAAAUAGAGGAAGAGCUCUAAGUAUAACAUUCAACUAGACGUUCUAUUUGUAACUAAUUUUCUACACUUAACACAAAUGGAAAUGUUAUCACUGUUCAUUAAACUGAAUUAGAAGUUUAAAAGAAUGAGCCUUAAUAAUAAUAACCUAAGACUUCUAAAAAGAAGGCUAGGUCCACAAAAGAUGAUGUAAAUUAUUAUAGAAGAUCAGAUCAUGUACUUAAAGUUUUCUCUUUGAUUGUGGAAUUAACUUAAGAUGAACAAAAAAAGUAUUAUAAUAUUACAAUUGGAACAAAAAUUAAAGAUUGUGUACAUUAUGCUCAUGUAAAUGGAAUCCUGAUCACAUAAGCAGAUUUUGAUCUCUUCCAUUUAAAACCAGAUACAUUUAAAGAGGCUAAUAAAUAUUCACGAAUACCUACUUUUUUUUCUACUGAUAAUUAUUUCAAUAUUGACAAGGAAAGCCCUAAUAGUUUUAUUUCAUUUGAGAAUUUACUUAAUGUUGAAAGAAUCAUUUAACUCAAGUAAAUUUAGAUGAAAUUAAAGAAAAAAUAAAGUCUUCUUCAAGAAUAAAAUACAAAUCAAUAAAAUUAAAAUGAUUAUGUUAUGACUUCAAAUUUAGAGAUGCUUGAAAUAAUAACUGUAGUAGAUAUUGAAUAACAAUCAAGAUUUUUAAAUGUGUUAUUUCACUUAAUCUUAUAACAUUAUCAUUAAAACCUUGAUUAGUAUUUAGUAUUUAUAAUCAAUACAACUUUCUUAUUUGAUAUACCUCCUUAAUUUGAUUAACCAAAUAUGUAUAGAUUGGCACUAUUCUAUGAUAAAUUAUCAUAUUCAUUAAAAGAUCUUUAACAAAUUUUACUUAAUGAUAAAAGUGAAUUAAGUAAUUUAUUACAUAAAAAACUAUCAUUAAAUUUAAUAUAGAUUCUUAUAAAUUGUUAUGAGAAAUAUCUUUACAGACUUAAUUUUACUUUAUCAACAUUAUUUUAUGUUCCAAAAUAUAAAUGUUUUAAAUUGGAAUCCUUUGGUAGAAUGAAAACAUUAAUAUAAUUUGGUCAAAAUCCAGAAGUAGCAUUAAAGACUUUAGAAGAAAAGAAAUAUAAGGCAUAUGUAAAAAGUUUCAAGAAAGAUUUAUUUGCAAUAACUGAUCUUAUUAUCUAUUUCAAAAGUGUAUAGAAUUAAAAUUUAAGAACUAUAAUAACAACUAGAAAAAAGUAUAUUUCAAAUAUGAAAAAAGAAUAAGGUGAGAAUUUAGAAGAUGAAAAGAAUUAUUGUUUAUUGGCUGAAAGGUUAUUUAGUGAUAAUUAAGAUCGUUAUUUACUUGAAUUCAUAAAGAUGGCAAUAUAUUCAUGUGAAGUUACAGAUAUAGAUAAAUUAAUAUAAGAUUUUAAAUAAGUUUCAGAUAGUCUUACAAAAGUAUUAAUAGAAGCAGAUUAUUAAUAAGAAUCAAAACAAUUGGAUUAAUUAGAUUAAAAUCCUUAAUAGUUAAAAUAAUCUAAUUCUGUUGAUUUAGAAGAUUUAAAUGAAGUAAAAUAAUUGGAAAGUUUUCCAAUAAAUAUAUGUGAGGAUUACAAAUCUAUUGCACUCAAUAAAGACAAGAUUUCUGAAGUUGAAUAAACCUAUAUGGAGAUAAUUUAUCAAUCAUUAUUAUAUUCAAAUAGAUUUCAAGCUUAUUAUGAAAAGUUUCAAUAUUUAUAGAAACCUAUUUUUUAAAAUUGUUAUGUGGAAAUUCUUAAUAUUUUUUAUUUUAUUAAAUAAUAUCCAGAUGAUUCUUGGUAAGAGAAAUUAAAAGUAGUAUCUUUAAAAAUGGAUAAAGUAGUUGAUCUAAUAAAAACAGUUAAAGAUGAUAGUGUUGAUAAUUUUCAUAUUACUCUUUUAUUUUAGAUUAUGACAUUAUCAUAAAAAAAACCUUUAGUGAUUUUAAAUUAAUUAUCGAAGUGUAUAUCUAAUUAAUUAUAACAGAAAUUACAAAUGGAUCAUAGAUUAAGAAGUUAAAAUUAAGCAAAAGGAUUACUUGAAUAAAAAAAGCAUGUAAUGUUAUAAGUAUGGUCAGCUUUGUCCUAUAUUCAUUCAGAUAAUUAUUUUUAAGCAAUCAGUAAAAUUUAAAAAGCAAUUGGAUUUUAAUUAAAAAAUUAACAUUAAGCAUCAUUAUCUUAUGGUUAUUCAUUAUUAGUAAGUGGAGAGAUUGCAAGAUUAAGUUUAGCUCCAAUUUCAGCUAUGUUAAAUUUAGAAAUGAGUUUAGUAAUUUAUAAUUAAUUUUUUCCAGAAUAUAAAUAGGUUGAAGAUUAAUAGGAUAUUUAAGAUAGAUCAGAAUAUAAUCCAUUUUAAAUAAAAUAUAAAGAUGUAAGAGUGAAAAAUUUGGCUACAAGUAAUAAAGCAAAAGUAGAAUUUCUUCUUGGAAUGAGUUAUUUUGAUAUACAUGAUUAAGAAAAUUCAUUAUUAUGUCUUAAAAGAGCUUAAGAAUUAAUGUUAAGAUCAUUUCAUAUUUAUGCAGAAGAAGUAGUUUUUUUAGUAUUAUAAUAAUUAUGGAUUCAUGUUUUAUAAGAUGAUAUAGGUCAUGCUAUGAAUAUUGCAUUAUUUUAUGCAAAUGAUAUGAAUUAAUAAUAUAGAAAGGGGAGAGAAUUUAAAAAGAAGAUAAUUUCUAAAUUAUAAUUUAUAAUAGGAUCUAUAUUUGAAUUUAAUGGAUAAUAUUUAAGUGCUAUUAGAUUUAUAGAACGUUCUAAUAGAACAUUAACUAAAGCUAAAGGUAAUAAUUUUGUAAUUUAAAUGCAUUAUUAAGCUAAAAAGAUUUCAAUAAUAUCAAAAUUGAAGUAAGCUUUUUUAAGAAUAAAAAGUAAAUAGUAAGUAAGAUGUGAAUAAGAUUUGAAUUUAUUCUAAACUUUAAAUGAAGCAAUGGGUUAAUCAUUCUAAAUAUUAUAUUUUAAAUAACCAAUAACUAUGAAAACUUCAGUAUUAUUAGAUAAAUUUGGAAAAUAGAUAAUUCAUAUUUAAGGUUUGGUGAGAACAGAUGGAUAAAGUAAGGCUAUUAAAUUAUUGGGUGAAUUAAUAAAAGCUUUAAAUAAGAGUAAAAAGGAUGAGAUUUAUGGUUUAGUUUAGGAUAAGUAACUUAUAUUAACUUUGGAUAAAUUGAAUUCAAAAGAAAUAGAAGCAUAAAUACAUAGUGUAAUAGAAAUUCAUGAUAGAUACUUAUAAUUUCCUUUAAAGUAACAUCAUGUACUUAAGUGUUAACUUAUUUUAUUAUGUGUAUUUUUGAAAUAGAAAAAUACUACUUAAAUAUUUGAACAUUUUAAAAGCAUAGAAUAAACAAUUGAUGAAUUUUAGAAUAUUUUAUAAUGGAAAUAAUUAGUUUUGGAAGGUGAAGAUAUUUAAACAUAAAAUAAAUUUGAGACUAUAGUGAAAAGGGGAAGAAUUGGUAUGGUCUAUUAAAUUGCAAAUGUAACUGAAUUGAUUGAAAUUUACAAUAAAUUUAAGAAAAAAAUAUUUGAAAAUUUAUAAAAUAGAGAUAAGUUUGUUGAUUUAGCCAAUUUAUUUUAGAAAAAGAUUAUAAAUUCUUAAGCAUUUUAAAAAUUAUUAUAAACAAAAUAAGCAUGUUUACUUGGAAGUUAUUCUUAAGUGAAAAUAGUCAAUGAAAUAGAAUAGGAAUAAUAAUAAUAAGUAGAUAUUAUAAAUUAAAGUCCAUAAAAAGUAUAAACAAUAGAGGCAUCAACAGAAGUUGAUGGAAAAGAUAAUUAAAAGUUAUUUUUUGAUUUGAGAAGUUUUGAUGAGAUAAUGAUAGAGAAGAAGUUAGCACAUCAUAGAAAGGGAUAAACAGAAGAAACACUUUAAAAGAUUGAAGAAAUAAAUGAACCAGAAAAAAUGAAGAAAUCACAUAAAAGAAAUGAAACUGAAAUGACUUUUAAGAGUGCAGUAAAAAAGAAAAAAAUAGAAUAUAAAAUGAAUCCAUUUUAGAGUACUUUAAAAAAACAAUAGAAAUUAUAAUGA